AUGGACAAGCCAUCUAGUAAACGUCGUCGCAUCGACACAGCUACUGCUCUCUCAAAGCCGUUCAAGUCCCCGCUACGCAGACCUGCACCAACAAACACAGACGACAUCCCAUCUGAGUCUGUCGCACCUAGGACUCUGGCGGACACACGAGUCCCAGAGAGUGUUACCAAACCCAAGUCCAACCCAAUAUCAGGUCCACCAGAUCAGACAACAACUCCAGUACCUCCUAAGCCAAAACGCAUACUGCAGAUGUUUACCCCAUUCCCCCUAGAAUCAUGGAAAACAACCGAUCCAGAGAUCCUAGAAGUACAGAAACAGUACCGGGAGAUCAAGUCAAAGGUCGACGCACUCAUCACCGAACUCGAAAUAGCAACUCAGGCCCACAACCUCGAGACCAAUCCCAGAUACAUUGAGAUACCAACUCUCAUCACCAAGUGGCGGCUUGCCAGCCAGGAUGCCGCCGAUGAGGUAUUUGUCGGUGCCAAGGAAAGGUUUAAUCGUAUUGGGGGCAUGGCGGCUUGGAGAGAACGGUCGAAGCGUGAUGCGACUCGCUGGGAGUUUGAUGAGGAGAAUCACGAGCGGGAGCACAUUGAUGAGUAUGAUGGAGAUGUUGAUAACUACGGCGCUGAGAAUUCUCCUGAUCGUCCACUGAAAAACAAUAACGGAGAGGAGGAAAGCCAGGAUGAGGAGUUCACGAUGGAGUUCAUGCUCAAGGCUCUACAUGUUGAUCCUAAGUUGAUUGGAUAUGAUACCAAGGCUCAAAAAUGGAUCAAAAACUGA